AUGAGAAUAGGAAAAGUAUACAACAUCUGUAACGAUUGUGGUGAAGAUAUUGAAACAUUGGAACAUAUGCUAUUCUACUGUCUUGAAGCGCAGAAGGUAUGGAAACUAGCUCCUAUCAAAUGGGAAGGAUUCGAAAACCUACAGCACAAUAUUUGGAAAUGGUGGCAAGCAGUAAUGACGGGAACAAAGGAACAAGGCACGGAUCACAUAAACCUCACUGUAAUCAUAUUGUGGAAGCUGUGGAAAGCAAGAAACAAAAGGAUCUUUGAAGAGGAAACAAGAUAUGCUCUAAAGAUUGUGCAAAAAGCACAAAGGGAAUGGAUGGAAUUCGACAAAGCAAAUGCAGAAGAAGGAGAAACAUGCAGCAGCACUCACACAGUCCAGCAACACCAAAGGAAAUGGGAGCGACCAAAGGAAGGUGUCAUUAGGAUCAACACAGACAUUGCUAUCUCAGCUCACAUGAUUAGAAUAGGGAAAGGUAUUAUUGCAAGGAACUGGACAAGGAAGAUCCUUAAAGCAAAGGGGCUGGUAGAACACAAAAGGGGAGAAGCAAGCACUGAAGAAGCUUUAGCUGUAAGAGCAGUGUUAACGAUGACCAAAAAUGUAGGUUGGACUAAAAUAGAUGUCCAGACAGACUGCAAAGUUGUGGUGGAUCAAAUAGAUGCAAGCAAAAUGUAG